UGCACUCCCACACCCUCUGUGCCUGCCCAGUGCCUUCUCCACGCAUUCUCCCCCCAUCCAUCCCCUCUCCGUGGACUCCCGGCCAUGAACAGCUCCACAGCAGGCUCCGAGGGGGGCUGGCAUCCCGAGUCCGUGAUCAUUCCCCUGGUGUACCUCGUCAUCUUCCUCGUGGGCACGGUGGGCAACAGCCUGGUCCUGGCCGUGCUGCUGCGCAACGGGCAGGUGCAGAACACCACCAACCUCUUCAUCCUCAACCUGGGGGUGGCCGACCUCUGCUUCAUCCUCUUCUGCGUCCCCUUCCAAGCCACCAUCUACACCCUGGAGGGGUGGGUGUUUGGGCCCUUCAUGUGCAAGGCUGUCCACUUCUUCAUCUACCUCACCAUGUAUGCCAGCAGCUUCACCCUGGCCACCGUCUCCCUCGACAGGUAUUUGGCCAUACGAUACCCCCUGCACUCGAGGGAGCUGAGGACGCCCCGGAACGCCCUCAUGGCCAUCGGCCUCAUCUGGGGGCUUUCCUUCAUCUUCUCGGGCCCUUACCUCAGCUACUACCAGGAAUUCCAGCUGGCCAACCUGACCGUGUGCCACCCCAUCUGGGAGAUCUCCCAGCGCAAGGUCAUGGACAUCUGCACCUUCGUCUUCAGCUACAUCAUCCCGGUGCUGAUCCUGAGCCUCACUUACGUGCGGACUAUUCGCUACCUGUGGAAGUCCGUGGACCCUCUCCAAGACAUGUCCGAGUCCAAGAAGGCCAAACGGAAGGUGACCAGGAUGAUCAUCAUUGUGGCCGUGCUGUUCUGCCUCUGUUGGCUGCCCCACCACCUGGUCAUCCUCUGCGUCUGGUUCGGGUACUUCCCCCUCAACCACUCCACGUACGUGCUCCGCAUCCUGUCGCACGUCAUCUCCUACGCCAACUCCUGCGUCAAUCCCAUCGUCUAUGCCCUGGUCUCCAAACACUUCCGCAAGGGCUUCAAGAAGAUCUUCAGCUGCCUCCUGCACAAGAAGGCAGCCCACAGGGUGCACGUGGCCCAGGUGACCAACACCGUCAGCACGCUGGAGGCAGAGCUCAGCGAGGUGACCCAGCUCAGCGAGGCCCUGCCCGGCCGCUCCGCCACACGCUGCAGGGUCCCAGCCCAGCCCUGGGGGGAGGUGGAGCUGGUGGGACAGCAGCACAAAGCAGAUGGCUCCUUUGUCACCUUCAGUGUCAGCUAGCAGAGCUUCUCCCCACCCCACGGCUUUGCGGGCUCCUGCAGCAAUGGCAGGCCUGGGGACAGGCCACGUUUUGGGUUGAAAUGUGGCCAGUCGGACUCCUUCCAUUCAA